AUGGCGACCGCAGCGCCGCCGUCGGUACCGGCGAUCCGUCUGUCGAGCGGCUACGACAUGCCGGUGGUGGGGAUGGGCGUGUGGCGCGCCGACAAGGGCCGGCUCGGCGCGCUUAUCAAGGACGCCGUGUCGCUCGGGUACCGCCACUUCGACUGCGCGGCGGACUACGGCAACGAGGCGGAGGUGGGGGAGGCGCUAUCCUCGGUGCUGGAGGCGGGCGAGGUAAAGCGAGAGGAGCUGUUCGUGACGAGCAAGCUGUGGAACAGCGACCACGCUCACGUGCGCGCGGCGUGCGAGCAGUCCUUAAAAGACCUCCGUCUUGACUACCUGGACCUCUAUCUCGUGCACUUCCCCAUCGCCACCAAACACACCGGCAUAGGCAGCACGAGCAGUGCGAUGGGCGAGGAUGGCGUGUUGGACAUAGACAUCUCAGUGCCUCUGCACGACGUGUGGCGCCACAUGGAGGCGCUGGUCAAGGAUGGCCUCGUGCGCUCCAUCGGCAUCAGCAACUACGACGUGUACCUGACGCGGGACUGUCUGGUGUACAGCAGCGCAGUGAGGCCGGCAGUGAACCAGGUGGAGACGCACCCCUUCUUCCAGCGCGCCUCGCUGCUGCGCUUCUGCGCCAAGCACGGCGUCACCCUCACCGCCCACACGCCUCUGGGUGGCGGCGCUGCCAACGAGGAGCUCUUCAAGUCCAAGUCGCCGCUCACAGACCCCGUUGUGCUCGAGCUGGCUGCGAAGCACAGCAAGACAGCGGCGCAGGUGGUGCUGCGGUGGGGAGUGCAGCGCAACACGGUGGUCAUUCCCAAGUCCAACCGUACCGACCGCCUGGCGGAGAACAUUGCCAUCUUCGACUUCGAGCUCGAUGCUCACGACAUGGCCCGGAUGGAGGCGCUUGAUGCUAAGGCUAGGAGCAACAACCCCGCUCCAUUCUGGGGCAUCGAUUUGUAUGCUUAG